AUGGCGACAAGUGCGACUGCGUCAUGUGCACACGGCGCGCACGCCCACGAGGACGUAGACGAGGCGGACAUGGCGUUCGACCCAACACUGGCUUCGUGCUGCGAGCGCGACGCGCACGAGUACAAGAAGGCCAUGAAGCUCAAGGCAGUGCUCACAGCGCACGACCCGACGUCCAGCGCCGUGCGAAGACGUCAGCAGCUCUUUCAACCCCCGUCGACUGCUUUGCUCGUGCGACCGACUGGAAGUGUUGCGCCUCAAGUUCCACUACUGUCAUCUGCGUCCGUCGAGUCUGAUUCGGACAUCGACUCAGACGACUUGGACGAGGACAUGGAGAUGAUGCUGGCCGCGCGUCGUCAACAGUUCGAGCAGCAGCUCGAGAAGGCAGCACGAGAUGCGACUGACGGGUAUGGCGUUGUGCUCGAUACGAAGCUCGAGCAACUGGUGCAAGAGCUGCAGAACGAACCAGAUGUGCCGCGGGUCGUGCUCGUUGUCGACGGUAGCGCUGCUGCGUCGCUGGAGUUCAGGCGGGUCAUGCGGAGCGAAAUGGCUGCAGUGGCGCAAACGUUUCGAGGAACGAAAUUCCACGCAGUAGUGGUAGCUGACCGAGUCGAUGACGACACGUUGUGCCAGUUGCGGCUGCCGUCCAAGUCCUGUUUGGCGGCGUUUCGCCGUGGCGAGCGCGUGGAUUCGAUCGUGUUGGAUUACACGGUUCUCGUCACAGAAGUCGAGGGUCUUUGGGAAGCGCGUUUUUUGCCGUGGUUGAGCAAGUGCAGUGUACUGGCCAGCAAACGUGUGUAUCCUCCUUCGGCAAAGCAAAGCCAAUUGAGCCGGAGAAAACCUACAGACGAGAACGAGUCGGAGCAUCGAGGUUUCGACUGCGGCAUGGAGAGCUGUCGACUUCGGUUCGGUUACGAACAUGAACACGUCGGUACGUCUCAACAGACGAAGGACGAAAUGGCCGCGUGGCGCCAGCCGUCCAAGUAA